ACCGUCCAAAAAACCCAAAUCCAAACAGCACACCACAAAACGGCCGCAGCACACGUCACAGGCGCACCACACCAGCCCACCGUCCCCAAAACCUCCGCCUCUCUCCCUCCCACCACCACCACCAUGGACUCCUUCUUCGCCGACGGCGGCUCCGACGAGCUCCAGCGCACGGCGUCCCACCCCUUCGACGACGACUCCACCUCCGCCGCCGCCGCAUCCGGCGGCGAAGCCGAAGGGUACUCGUCCUUCGCGGCCGCCGGGUUCUCCUCCUUCAUCGACCCGGAGGCCGCCGAGUUCCAGGGGGAGGACGUGGACGAGGAGAUCGACGCGGAGUCCGACGGCGGCGGCGUCCCGGUCCCGGUCCGCCACGUCUCCGGGGGUUACUCGCCUUCGCCCUUCCUUCCCGACGACUCGGACGAUUUCGGCGGGCCCGUCCUGCCUCCGCCCGCCGAGAUGGGCAGGGAGGAAGGCGCCGCCCUCCGCGAGUGGCGCAGGCGGAAUGCUUUAGAGCUCGAGGAAAAAGAAAGAAAGGAGAAGGAGCUGCGGGCCCAGAUUAUUGCAGAAGCUGAAGAGUUCAAGAUAGCUUUCUAUGAGAAGAGGAUACAGACCUGUGAGACAAAUAAGGUCCAUAGCAGAGAAAGAGAGAAGAUUUUCGUAGAAAACCAGGAGAAAUUCCAUGCUAGUGCAGACAAGCAGUACUGGAAGUCAAUCUCGGAGCUCAUCCCACAUGAAAUUGCUACCAUUGAGAAGCGGGGCAAGAAAGAUAAGGACAAGAAGCCAUCCAUUGCUGUCAUCCAGGGCCCUAAACCUGGCAAGCCCACCGACCUCUCUCGGAUGCGUCAGGUCUUAGUGAAGCUGAAGCAUGCUCCACCACCGCACAUGCUGCAACCUCCACCAGCGCCUGUUGCUGCAGCUGCCGGCGCUAAGGAUGCCGCGAAAGACGGCAUGCCAGCCCCAGCAAAUGGAACCAAGCAACCGGCAGAGAGCAAAGAAACGCCUACCAAUGGCCCCGUGGAGGUGGAGAAGGAGCAGCCUGCAGCGUCAGAAUAACCAUAUGAAUAGUCGUUUCUCUUUACAGAAACACCAGAACCUUAACUAUGCUUUAGAUGGGAACGCCUUUUAUUUCCAAUACCCAGAGUGUCGUCUAUCCUGUAGUGAUCUUUUUGUAGAGAUUUGCAUCAGGAUGGCUGCUAUGUAUCAAUCAGCUCUGAACAUUCAGCUUAGUGUUACACCAACUGCACUGUUUUACUGUCUUCUCCUGGUCCAGAAUCCAGAUAUUUUGUCUGGAUAUAUCAUGAUCUUGAAUCAAAACUGAGAAGUUAAUUGAAA